AUGGGGAAGGUUACGAGGAAGCCACAGGAAAAGCACAAAGUGUCACUGUCACCGGCCGUAUCAGAUCUCGUCAAGAAGGUCUCUACGGUCCCUCUCGCCGAUUUACCAGCCCUCUUCAGCGGAUGGUCGCAGAGAUGGCCCUACCCUCGAGGCGACCUGAACAACUGGAUUGAACCUCUUGAUCGUUUCGACGGCAUAUUGAGAGACUUUAAUGCCAAAUAUGGGCUGGACAAAGGCCCCCAGACCAUACCAUUCGGCGUCUCGUUACUCUUGGAAGGGAGCCACGGUGUCGAUGAGAAACGACUGAAAGAGAUAGGCUUCGGCCCAGAAGGUGACAGAGAGCUGGUGGAGGCAAUCCUGGUGUUUUCAAAACUGCUCGUGGAGAAAUGUGCCAAUCGGGCAGUGUACAACAGCACUGAUCGGUUGAACGAUCUGCUGAAUACCACAUCGUUGUCUCUCCUGCACAGCACGCUUCGGAUCACUUUCUACCUUGCGCAGAGGUACGCAGAGCGUACGCCACCCUCACGCCAACACGCCACGAAGUUCUACGACUUUGACCAUGAGCGCCUUCAGAGACUUGCUGCUCCUUUCGGACAUUCGAAUAGCCUGCUUGGCAAACGAGGAGCCACAUCCCCCGUCAAGACUCUCAAGUCGAAAGAGAAGCCCCCUCACUCAACCAAGGCUAGACGAGGGUCAUCUGCUGUGAACCCAAACGACUUUCGUUCUUUCUGCAAAGAGACGUCUUCCCAAAGUGACCGUGGAAAGUCAACAUCUGUACCUGAUCGGGAAUGGCUGACAUGGGCACAUGUGAAAAUCUCUUGGUCUCCAGUAAGCCUGGAACAGAAGCCUCACCCAAGCGAGACAUCCCAGCCUUCCGAACCACCGUCGACCCCUACGCCCAUCAGACAAGCUCCUUCGGGACUUAGUAGAGUUGAUACGACUGGCUCGCCAAAUGGAAGCGCCAGUCGAGUGGUUGCGGGAGUGGAAUUGAAGUGCAUCGAAUAUGGCCCCGGGGAUUUGUCAAACACUACGAUCGAGUCGAUAUUGCGAAAUCAGCCUGAUGAAAUGCCCCCGAACGCUCGAUACGAGCUGCUGCACCAGCUUCGUGUCGCAUAUGGCCUCAUAACAUCAGCGAAGACGCGAAAGGAACUCUUGGCGGUGCGACUCCUGGCAAUCUCCAGUCUGGCCAAUGUGUUCAAUGAGCCUGAGCUAUCUCAGAAACUGUUUCCUACUGAGCUGGGAGGUCCCAAGCCUCACGAUCUUGUCCAACAGAUUAUCAGUCUGAUACAUGAUACCAAGAAAGCUCAAGCGCCUGUUUCUCUAUAUCUCCAAACACUUGCAAUGGACACACUUGGGGUCCUUGCGCGAUUGAAGACAUUUGCUCCGGAUAUUAAUGCCGCACUAGGGGCAGGGUCGAGCCAAGGCCUUCUUUCCCAGUUGAUCCAGAAAGGCUUGAAUGACAUAGCAAAGGAUAAUGACAGUACCGAUACCUCUGUCGGUGAUGACUGGAGAGAGGCCGUUUUCUCAAUGCCGCAAACUCUCAUUGAAGCGACAGGCCACCAUGGUCGUUCCAGCGAGGCGGUUAUGGCUUCCAGCUUCCUCACCGCGUAUCUGUCGGGCUUGAACAUCACCACAGGCAAAGCCUUGCGAGUUCAUUUGCGCAUGCUCGACUUUAUCAAGACAUUCUUUCAUCACUUCAAGGAUGGUCUUGCAACCUUGCUGGCGAGCAGCGCGUUUGAGGCGAUAAGCAAUCUUCUCGAGAUUCUCGUGACCAGUGCUUGGACGUUGCUACAAGCUGGCGAGGGGAUUGCAGCGCAAUACAAAACCCGCGCUACGGACUACGAGAUUCCAUAUGUGCACCAGCAGGUUAUUCGAUCAAUUAUCGAUAUGAUCAACGACAUCAGCGGUCAUCAAGGGGCGCAGGCCGAUCGAGUGCUGAGAAGUCUGGUUGACUCUCAAGCCCUGCUUCGAGCGUUCCGUCUCAUUGUUGACCACCUAUCUGCGUUCGGUGCACAUACCUGGAGUGAACUUGUGAAGGCUGUUGGUGGUUUCCUUCACAACGAGCCCACCAGCUACACUGUGAUUUCUGAAGCAGGUAUCAUUCAAAGUCUGCUCAACACUGUCACAGCUUCGCAGAACCAGUCCAUUCAGACAGGUCCGAAGUCAGUCUCAUCGGAACCUGCAAACCUUCCGCAAGGUAUUCCACCCGUCGUCGACGCCAUCAUCCAGGUUGCCCAGAUAUUCAGCGCUAUCUGCCUUACCAACGUUGGGUUCGAACUAUUCAAGGCUUCUGGCGCCCUGGAGAAGUAUUUUGAGAUGUUCGAAUCUCCUGCCCACGUCAAAGUGUUGAAUGACGCAAAUAUUCUAGCACAUCUAGGCUCAACUUUUGACGAGUUUGUCAGACAUCACCCAAACCUGCGAAACGCAGUCCUGAGUGCGGUAAUAGUCAUGGUUGCGCGAGUUCGUCACAUCAGCAGGUCGCUCGCUGUCAACUUCGGAGCUGGACCGAAAUUGUGGCUGGGAUCAGGCGAUGAGCUAGUUCCUUGUGGUGGACGGGAGGCUCUUUCGCUCGAGAUAGCCCCCUCGACGUCUACAAACACUGAUGCCUCUACAAAUUCUAGAACCAUCGAUUUGCCCAACGGAGACAAGCUCACUCUCAAGGCUGAAGUCUUGCCGCCGAGCACCGUGUCCGGAACUCCAAGUGAUCAAGACAGCCACGGUCUCAAAGCGAAUGAUUAUGCCAGGCCUGCCAUUGCUUUCUUGGUGGCUUUUUUCGAGAACCAAUCUCUGUGUAGCAGUUUUCUUGAUCAUGGAGGAUGUGAUCUGGUCCUUGACUUCAUCACAUUGCCGAGCCUGCCAGUCGCAAAUGAGCCUUUCGAUCGACCUGAUGGCAUGCUCUCGGAAUUGUCAGCGGCUAUCCAUAUGAUGGCCGAGACGAAACCUCACAUCGUCUUACCCGCGGUUGUGGAUCGCGCACACUUCGCUUGCUCAGAGUUGAAACACUUCAGCCAGUAUCAGCCGAGUGACUGGACCAGCUACUUCGCACCUUUGAUCAAAGCCGACGCUGUUUCCUACACUGUCGACAGCGGCGCUGCCCCUGCACUUCAUGAGGUUGAGGUCAAUGGUACCCGGAUUGCCAAAUCCUUGAUGACAACAUUCUGUCUCGCCCAAGUUCUGGCAGAGGUCUUCAAUGUUCCAAUGUACAGUACCAGAUCAUUACAGAACUAUCUUUUUGGCUCAGUCAAUUUGGCAGAUGUUUUUGCCGAUCUGUGCAAAACGAUGGGAAGCAUUUCCGCUGCCUGCUACAGAGAAGACAUCGCCAUCCAGCGAUGCAUCCCUGAGUCUUGGAUAUCCGCUACGCGGCCGGAACAUUUUUCGACGGGUGACGCUGAAGUUGACAAAAUACUUAGUGUUCAAGACAACAAUGCACGCUCUGGUGGGGAUGCGAGUCUUGAGGAUGUGGCCAUGGACACGACACCUGCCACUGGGGCCUCCGACUUGGACAAAGAUAAAACGAGUCCUUUCUUUCAAAAUACCCGGGUCCUCCGAUAUCUCUUAAUUGAGACGCCAGCUGCUAUCACAGAGUUCCUAUGCCGACUUGGACGUGGCCUUGUUGGCCGUCGGCGUCCAGACACCUUCGCCCGGCAGAAGGCAACCAUUGUUGCAGACGCACUUGCCUCGGCCUACCUAACUCAACUUCAGCCAUAUUUCCUCACUUCGAGCGGUCCUUCCGAAGACUGCGAGCCUCGUUUCACCUAUCUCGUCAUCGCACUUGACAAUGUGCGUCGCAGCUUUUACGAUGACAGUCAUCCCUCAUCAGGACCAAUGAUAAGUCCAGCCCGGCAAAGCUUCGUCGUGGAAUGCUUUCGGAAAGCUGGGGGCGUGAAGGUUCUGGCAAAUAUUGGGACACAAUUUUUUGACAAACUGAAGUCGUGCAAGGUGGAACAUUCGACGUUCUCUGCGAAUACUGGCCUCAAGAUUUGUCUAGAUAUCUUGGACCAAUUCACGGACGCGAAAUGCAUUAUCGAAUCUUUGCAAGCCAACAUUAUGAGAAACAAUGACCCGACGAAGCCAUUUUACUUCAACUCCGCUCAAACACUACUUAGCCUCCGAAUGGAAGCGCUUCCAUUGACUCGACUGAUUUGGGAGAGCGAAUACGCAGAUCAAGCCUCCAAGGAUGUUGUGCAAAAGCUUGUUUCUAUUCUGAAACAUGUUUUCGCGGGUAAUCAAGAAAGCGAAGCUAUACAAACUGAUGAGCAACAGCCUGUUGUGGCGGCAUUUUCCCCUAGAAGAAUGGUUAUUGAUCCUCAGAAGGUUGCUCUGCUUAAGGACAACGGUUACGACGAAGACCUUGCUCGUGAAGCCCUAUUCCGCACCAAUUCACAAGCAGCGAGCAAUCUUGCAGCAUCUGAGGAGUAUUGUAAAGCCAUAGCUUCAAAUCCACGACGGCGACGACUACCUAUCCCAGACAGAGAGGCCGACGGUGCUGUAGCCUCUGGCUCUACUCCAAGCAGCGUGGUUGAAGCUGCUGUUACUGAUGUCGUGAACAAUACUGUUGAUGAUAGUUUGAUGGAGGAUGUGACAGGUCAGCAGAGCCAUCGAACGUCGACCAUCUCAAGACAUUCAAGCAGUACGGCACAGGACACCAUCAAUGUUGGACGCGAGCGGCAAGGUCGGCCCGAGGGCUUUCAACCAGAACCGCCCUCUUCCUUUUCUGUCGAGUCAAUUACGGCACAGAGAACGGCGAUUCGAGAGGAUCUCGCUGAUCGCUGCAACAAUAUUCUCAACAACCACCAGAACCUGACCUUUGAGCUCUCAGAUCUCAUCAUUACCGCAACUAACAAGAUGACUGAAGAAGAGGCUGCCGAGUUCUGGAGGGCGAGCGCAGAUCUUCUUGUCAGCUCAUUACUGUCGAUGCAAGUGGACGAUGAAAUUAACGAGGCCCGAGGGAAGAAGAUCGGCGCAGCCGCGCAUCUUCUUGCCCUGCUUCUUCAAGAAACCGAGGUGUUUAGGGCAACACUGAGCAUAUUCCAGGAGGCAUUCGAUGGACUUCUAUCAUUUCUCCGGCUUCCGGCUUCCGAUGGGCGACCUGCACAGGAGUCCUUUCCCUGGGUUGCUCCUGUCUUGCUCAUUGUUGAAAAGCUGCUUUCGAGGGAUUGUGAACCUGCAGAAGUCAAGUGGGAUCCUCCCAAUGACCUUGACACCCUGAGCAAGGCAGACAUCAUCCCUUUCUCUGUCUUUGACUCGUCGACCAAGCUUGAAAUAUUCGAUGCCCUCAUCAACCUGCUGCCACGUGUUGGAAAGGAUAAAAUGAUGGCUUUGGCUGUUACAAGGGUCCUCGUGAUUCUCACGCGAGAGCGAGAGCUUGCCUCGCGCCUAGCUGAGAAGCGCAAUCUACAAAGACUCUUCCUCAUGAUCAAACAGCUGGCGAACAAUAUUGGCCACCGACUCCAGAGCUCUUUCAUGAUCGUCCUACGCCAUAUUGUGGAGGACGAGGAAAUCCUGAAACAAAUCCUGCGCACCGAAAUCAAAUCCCUUUUCACAUUGCGCACCUCCUCAAGGCAAGUCGAUGUCGCAACGUACCUUCGGGAGACGUAUCACCUUGCCCUUCGCUCUCCAGACAUCUUCCUUGAAGUCACGAAUGACUUGGUCAAAUUGUCGGCCUGGCAACCCCACCAUGGGAGUCCUGUUGGGCUUGUGUUGAAGGAGACUGGCCAGUCAAAAUCACCCGGCGACGAGAUCGGCGGGCAGGCCCAUGACACUGCCGAAACUGGCGACGCCACAAUGCAGCCAGCAGCUAGCGUUGAGCCCACAGAGACUUCAGUUGGAGAUACCGGCAGGAACAAGGCAUCUGAAACGAAGGCCCCUGUCGUGGAGCGUCCCGAUGGUGUUAUUCACUUCAUCCUUUCAGAACUCUUAAAUUACAAAGAUGUUGAGGAUAAGGAAACUGUUGCUGAGCCAUUGCCGACCACCAGUGCAAACAGCCCACGCGACCAGAAUCAAGCAGCUAUUCCUCCAGUUUCAAGUGAGGAUGCUGGGAAUAUCCCUUCAGAACAAUUGAAUCCCGACAAGGGCAAGUUCAAACAUGACGACCAUCCAAUCUUCGCCUAUCGAUGCUUCUUAAUGUAUAGCCUGACGGAGCUCUUGCACUCAUACAAUCGCACCAAGAUCGAGCUCAUCAAUUUCUCGCGCAAGGCAGACCCGAUGGCUGUCACGCCAUCAAAGCCACGGGCAGGUGUCCUCAACUAUCUCUUGAACGGCUUGAUCCCGUCUGGAUAUGUGGACAAGGAAGACAGUGCACAAUUCAAGAAAAAGGUACUAACAAGCGACUGGGCCAUCCGGUUACUUGUUGCCUUAUGUGCCAAGACCGGAGAACUAACUCUGAGUACUUCUCCAACUCGAUUCUCUUCACAGCCGCAAAUUGAGGAUACGGACGAUGAACCAGACCUGACUUUCGUGCGUCGCUUCGUCCUAGAGCAUGCUAUAAAGUCCUACAAAGAUGCGAUCUCCGCGACCGAGCCAAUUCAAAUGAAAUACAGUCGUCUCCUUUGCCUUGCAGACUUGUUCAACCGGCUCCUCACGAAGCCGACCUUACCUGAUGGGUCGGCUGGGUCCCAAAACACAUCGUACAAGGUGCUUGCUCGCAUGAUGUUCGAGAAAAACUUGACACAAGUGUUGACAAGCUCUCUGGCCGAUAUUGAUUUAUCAUACUCUGGAUCAAAGAGGGUCAUCAAAUUUAUACUUCGGCCGCUACAAGAACUCACCAGUUUGGCUGCCCAUCUCAGUCUGACUUCGCCAGAUUUCUUAAGCUCUGUUGCAGGAAAUAUGUCUGAUGAUGUGAUCUCAUCCGCUUCCUCGGUCUCUGACGUUGAUGAUGAACGCGAGGAGACUCCUGACUUGUUUCGAAACUCUGCUCUCGGCAUACUUGAUCGUAAUAGAGAUUCUGAAUCCUCGUCUGCUUCAGACGAGGAAGAUGAGGAUGCAGAGAUGUAUGACGAGGAGUACGAAGACGACAUGGAAUACGACGAAGGGGUUGGUGCGGCAGGCGCUGAUGAUGAGGCUGUGAGCGAUGAAGAGAUCGAUGAUGAAAUGGCUGCUGAUGGCGACAUCGAGGGCCUUCCGGGUGAUGUUCCCAUGGACAUCGAAUUUGUGAUGAACGAUCCUCACAUGGAAGUUGAUACAGAGGAUGACGAAGAGGAAGAAGACGACACCGACGGAGACGGGGAAGACGACGACGAAGACGAGGGCGGCGAUGACUUCAUGGUUGAGGACGACGAUGAAGACGCUGGCGAGAUCAAUGGAGAUGAAGAGAACCACAGCCUCAAUGACGGAUCAGAAGAUGAGGGUGAUUGGGAGGACGAAGAAGAAGACCAAGAAGAUGAAGGAAGCGAGGAGCAAGAUGACAUCGCUGGUAUCGCCUUCAACGGCGAUGACAUGCCCCUCGGUGGCCAUGGUAGCGGCGGAGCCCCCGGCGUGCUCAGCAAUCUCCUCCGAGUCUUGGGCGACCAUGAUUUGGACGGUCCUGGCGGCAUACAUCACGUUCCUACUGAACUCAUCGUCCCCGCCGCUGGUUCUGGCGAUCGUGGUGACGAAGAUGAAGAUGAGGACGAGGAUGAAGAUGGCGACGAAAUGGACGAAAUGGACGAAAUGGAUGAGAAUGACGACGAGAUGGGCUUCAACAACUUUCGCUUCGAGCAGUUUCUCAACGGUGACGAAAGCAUAGACUUUGACGACCAAGAGCCCUUACUCUGGAACGAGAUUCCUAUACUCCGUCGUCCUCGGCACUUCCGUGGCCCAGGUGGUCACGCGCCGAGCUUCGGAGGACGGCGAAUGGGACAUCGGGAUGAUAUGCAUCCAGUCACCCGUCCAGGUCGACUUCAGCAAAAUGGGAGACCGGGAGGCGAUGAUGGCAUGAACCCGUUGCUGCGGAGACCCGAACAAUCACAGGACUCUCGACAGCUUAGGCUUGCUGAACUGAGUCCUGGUAUUUUCAUGCCUCCUGGAUUUGACAAUUUGCCGGCGAUCGGUAGUUUUCCGCCUCUCGGGGCCACAUUUCAGACCAUCAUCCGGAGUGGAGAUGUCUUUGAGACCGGAGGCCACGGUGCCAUGUUAGAUGCUAUCCUUCAGGCGCUGCAUCGGCGGGACCGAGGGGAGGGGCGAUUACAGUUCAGCAUGACGGCGGCGCCACUAUCCGACAUACGGGAGGCUUUGCGACCGACCAUGCCAGGCAUUGGGCAUCGUCACCAUUCUCGCGAAGAACCUUCACGAUCCGGCGGCUUCAUCCCGGCACUAACAACGACGCGAUGGCAAGAAGAGGCGCGACUUCUUUUCCCAAACGUGCAUAUGGACAAGGUACAGCGUCUCCAACUUCGGGUCAUGGCUAUCUUAUUCCCUCUUGCUCAACAAGAGGAGAAAGAGCGGCGACGCAAACAAGAAGAGCAGAAGGCAGAACGCGAAGAAAUGGAGAGAUUGAGAUUGGAAGCAGACAAGCGUAAGCAAGAGGCUGAGGAACGCGAGGCGGCCGCGAAGGCGGAGGAAGAACGAUUACGAGCCGAGUCCGAAGCAGCGGCUGCUGAGAGCGUUCAGGUCGGCGAGUCAAGCGGGCAUGAUGAUGGUGACACAGAGCCGAUGGAAGAUGUCCAGGGCACCGACACUGAGACCGCACAGGGAGCUCAGGAAAGCUUAACAUCGAGUGGAGAUGCAGCUGAAGCUCGCAUUUUUACUACGAUCAGAGGUCGUCAGAUUGAUAUCACUGGUCUCGCCAUUGAUCAGGAAUAUCUUGAAGCUCUCCCAGAGGAGCUUCGAGAGGAGGUCAUCAUGCAACAGUACGCUACCCGGCGCGAGCAGGCCCGUCAAGAAGGAGGCCAAUCGAGUGGUAUCGACCCAGACUUCCUUGAUGCUCUUCCUGAGGACAUCCGUGAGGAGAUCCGUCAACAAGAAGCCCAUGCUCAGCGGAGACGUGAGCGCGAAGCAGCUCGCAGACAAACUGGUAAUGUAGGUGGACGUUCUCAACCCGAAGAUAUGGACGGUGAUUCAAUUUUGGCCACCUUUGAACCCAACCUACGGCGCGAGGUUCUUGCCGAACAGACAGAAGACAUCCUCAAUCAUCUGGAUCCACGACAUACUGCAGAAGGUCGCACACAUGCUAGGCAUCUCUUCAGAUACACUCCCAUGGCUGAUCGCGCGGGCCAGAACGGGCGGACUAACGAGGAAGCCACUCAACGAGAGAAUAAGCGGCAAAUCAUUCAGAUGGUGGACAAAUCCGGAGUUGCUACCUUACUACGCCUCAUGUUCAUUCCGCAGCAAGGCUCUUUACGAGCAAACCUUUGGCAUAUCCUUCGCAACAUCUGCGGAAACCGCCAGACUCGAUUUGAAGUUAUCAAUCUCCUGCUUGUUAUUCUCAAGGAAGGAUCUACGGACGUCUCAGCUGUUGAACGAAGCCUUGCCUCUUUGUCCCUUCGCGCAAGAGCCGCGGUCGGGCAGAAGACUCCGCAGCCACUGAAGCGCGCUGUUUCAAUGCCAGCGGGAAUUAGUGAGGAAGUCACACCCCUCGUCGUUGUACAACAAUGUCUUUCGGCCUUCAAGCAACUCUGCCAGAGCAGUUUCCACACCAGAACCAUCUUCUUGCGUGAGGUCGAUGUCAGCACAGCUUCGAGGAAAGGAAAAGGAAAGGCAAAGGACUCUAGAGCGGUCAAGUUCCCCAUCAAUGACUUGAUCAGCCUCCUUGACAGAAAAUUGAUAGUGGAGAGCUCAUCUUGCCUUCAAUCAUUAGCAGAGCUCCUCUCUGCUGUUACCCAACCCUUGCCAAUGCUAUUACGCAAGGACAAAGAGAAGGCUCCAGGCGACGAGAAGCCUACUGAUAAUGGCAGCGACAGUAAAGCAGAAGAGUUAACUGCGAGGUCUACAGAGCCUGAUCAUCCUGUCACUGGAGAGCGGAAUGUUGUUGUCGGAGAAACUCCAGCAGCACCUACUGACAGCGCACCUGAGACAGCGGCAGAACCUGCCACAAAUGUGCCUUCGGAGACCGGCAACGAUGACUCAAACGCGGACGAUGUGAAGUUGAAGAAGACAUUCGAACCACCCGAGAUUUCGCACCGCAAUCUGCAACUGGUGGUAAGCAUAUUUGUUGCUCCAGAAUGCAGCAGUGAUACAUUUCACUCCACUCUGGAGACUUUGUCCAGCCUUUCUUGCAUUCCAGGAACAGCCGGUAUCUUCAGCAAAGAAUUGAUCACCCAUGUCAAGAAUCUCUCUCACUCUAUCUCUACCGACCUCGACGACCUGCUACCUCACUUGAAAGAAGCGCAGUCAAUUACAGAUCUUCAGGCGAUUGCUUCAUCGAAAUUCUCGCAUGGAGGCUCUGACCAGGUCAAGCUUUUGCGAGUCCUCCAAGCGCUAGACUACCUGUCUGCCCCCAAACCGGAUCGCGACGACAAUGGUGAAAGCCGAGUGGUGAGGAGGGCCUUGACAAAUUCGUACGGAAGCCUUAGACCUGUUUGGGCCAAGCUCAGCGAGUGCUUGGGCGUAAUUCGGGAGAAAGACAACAUCACCGGCUUUGCAACCAUCCUCCUCCCGCUGAUAGAGUCGUUGAUGGUGGUGUGCAAGAAUACCUCUCUCCAAGACCCGACAAUGCCGCGCCAGGUUAGGGAGCAGACGCCUGGAAGUCCCGCACCGGAAGCCCUCGAUGAUCUUCAGGAGCUAUUCUUUAACUUCACCACAGAGCACCGCAAGAUUCUCAACGACAUUAUUCGCCAAUCUCCGAAAUUGAUGCAAGGGAAUGGGAGUUUCAGUCUUCUGGUCAAGAAUCCGAAAGUGCUCGACUUUGACAACAAACGCGCAUAUUUCACCAAACAAAUCCAUUCUCGCCUUCAUCAACAGCGGCACAUUCAACCACCUUUGACUCUGAACGUCCGUCGUGACCAGGUGUUCCUUGAUUCCUAUAAAGCUCUGUACUACAAGACGGCUGGGGAGAUGAAAUAUGGUAAACUGAACAUUCGUUUCAACGGCGAAGAAGGCGUCGACGCAGGUGGUGUCACACGAGAGUGGUUCCAGGUGCUUGCUCGAGGCAUGUUCAACCCAGACUGGGCAUUAUGGCAACCAGUGGCAGCCGAUCGUACGACGUUUCAUCCCAAUCCCCUCAGUUGGAUUAACGGGGAGCAUCUACUGUACUUCAAGUUCAUUGGCCGGAUCAUCGGCAAAGCAUUGCAUGAAGGCCGGGUUCUUGAUUGCCAUUUCAGUCGUGCAGUGUACAAACGUCUGCUCGGCAAGGAGCCCAACCUCAAGGACUUAGAGUCAAUGGACCUUGAUUACUACAAGAGUUUGUUGUGGAUCCUCGAAAACGACAUCACCGAGGUCAUCACCGAAGACUUCUCGGUCAUCGAGGAACAAUUUGGUGAAGAGAAGGUGGUCGAUCUCAUUCCUGAUGGACGAAACAUCCCGGUGACUGAGGAAAACAAGAGAGAGUAUGUGAAUGCACAGGUUCGCUAUCGGCUUACCACCUCGGUUAAGGAUCAGCUCGAGGCGUUCGUCCGAGGAUUUCACGACAUCAUUCCCGCCGAGCUCAUUGCGAUUUUCGACGAACAAGAGCUCGAACUUCUCAUUUCUGGGCUGCCAGAGAUUGACGUCGACGAUUGGAAGGCGCAUACAGAGUAUCACAACUAUACUGCCAACAGCCCUCAAGUGAUCUGGUUCUGGCGUGUCGUGCGGAACAUGAGCAACGAAGAACGAGCGAAGUUGUUGCAGUUCGUGACUGGUACUAGCAAGGUCCCUCUGAAUGGUUUCAAGGACCUGGAAGGCAUGCAAGGAAACACCUUGUUCAGCAUUCACAAGGAUCCAAGUCAAUCUCGCCUUCCAACGAGCCAUACUUGCUUCAAUCAACUUGAUCUCCCGACUUACGACGACUACGAGACACUGAAGAACAAUCUGAUGAAAGCGAUCAAUCUUGGGGCUGAUUACUUUGGCUUUGCCUAA